AAAGUUUAAAGGUUUACGUUUUGUUAACUAAAUCGAAAUCUCAAUGGACGAUCAUAUGUAGAGCGAAGUCGAGACAGAGACAUUGCUUCCUGAAUUACAUCACUCUAAAUUUUUCAAAACAAAGUAAUUUUUAAUGAACAAAAUCUCGAACACCGGGUCAGACCGUUAGAAGCGCCGAAGUGAUAUAGAAGCGCCGAAGUGAUAUAGAAGCGCCGCAUUGAUAUGUAAGCGCCGCAAUGAUAUAGAAGCGCCCGCUUGCAUUUUCAAAAAGAGGCACUGCUCCCAGAAUUCAAUUGGGGUUGAGCCAAUACCAAGAAACACUCUCAAUUUCUUUCGAAACAGUUUGCAUGAAUCUGACUCAGUUUUCCUAGGAACCUUUUUUCAUUUAAAUUUGCUCACCAUGGCUUGUGACAAGAAUAAAUAUGGAGUGAAAAUUGAGAACAUCCCUGAAGACAUGACAGAGGCUCAACUAUUCCAGAACUUCUGUCGUUACGGGCCUAUGAGCAACGUGAAGUUCAAAAGUAGCAAGGAAGGUCCCCGAAUAGCAUAUGCGAACUUUUACAGCAAAGAAGUGGCUGAAGUUGCAGCUAAUGAUGCAAACGGACAAGAGAUCGAUGGUUUUAAAAUAAAAACUUCGUAUUGUGUAUUUGACAUGGCCAAUCAUCCCAAAGUACAGCUGACUGACUGUAAAUUCUUCAUGACAGGAAAAUCAUGUGCAAAACCUGGAAAAAAAAAGUGCCACUUUAGACACAACGAAGCAGCAAAGAAGCAAUCUGAUAUCUGCCAAGAUUGGCUCAAUGAUUGUUGUAAGAACAAGGCUUGUAAGAAACGACAUCCUGGAAGCCUUUUUGAUCAAGUGUCUACUAACCAAAGCCACAAGAAAGUUGAGAAAUCUUCAGCAGUAGACCAUUUGCUAAAAAAGAAAGCAGAUGACCAUUUUGAAAAAGUUGGCAUUUAUUGGGACAUAGAAAAUUGCCAGAUACCUAUGAAUAAAUCUCCAGGAGCUGUUGUUAACAAGAUACGCAGCAGUUUUUUAAAUGGAAAACAGCUGGUUGAAUUCAUUUGCGUAUGUGACAGUCACAUGAUGUCAAAACAAAUAGUUGAUGCAUUGUCACAAGCAGAGGUGAACGUCAUUCACGUUGCUGCUACAGCGAAAAAUGCUGCAGACGAUAAGCUGAAGCAGUUCAUAUUGGACUUUGGCCAUAAGGUGAAGCCACCGGCCUCUGUCGUUCUUAUUUCUGGUGACGUCAACUUUGCACCGGUUCUACACAAGCUGAGAUACGAAUUGAAUCUAGACAUCACCCUGUUGCAUAAUGAGCAAGCAUCAGAAACGUUAAAGCAAUAUGCCAACAAUCAUAUAUUGUUUGCAGAGUUUCUAUCCAGUUUAGGGCCAGCUCCGAUGAAAAUACCGCCUAAAAGUACCCAAAUAAAAGUAACUAACAUUCCCUUAAGUAUUGAUGGCAAGUCUGUUGCAAGUAGAUUAAAGUUUCUUGCAAACAAUUGUGGUGGCAAGGUUUACAAAGUGUACAGCAGUCAAGACGAACAGAUUGCCAUUCUCGCUUUUCAAAAUGCCAAUGAAGCUUACAAGGCACGCUACAAGCUCCAGGGUCAGGACGUUGGCGGCAAUAAAAUCAAUGUAGAGCUGUUGGAAUCCAUACCUAAAGAAAUUGAUGAUAAUUUGGAUGACUUCAAGAAAAAGACGAUUGCCUUGCUAAAUAAACUGCCUUAUUGGAUGGCAAUAAACAGAUUCGAGAAGGUAUUCAUGAAACAAUACAAAGAAAAAUGCGACGUUUUCAAGUUGUGCAAACUUAAGGAUGUUGUUUAUCUAGACGGCAAGCCGGGAAAAAAAUUCAUCUGUUUGCUAACUAAAGAUAUCAAGGAACUUGAAAUAGAAAUUGAUAGAGAUGUGUUCCAUGACGAGCUAGAGGACCUCUUAGAUAUGCAUAACAGAAAAGUGCCAUUUGCGAGUCUUCUUGGAUUAUACUGGAGUUACUAUGGCAGAAUUCUACGAAUAACAAAGGCAGGCCAACCUCUAAUGGAACUCGUCAAGUCGUGCCCGAAUCUAUUUGGAACCUCUUUGAAGCAUGGAGUUGCUAUAAAAAAAGAGCAGAAUGAAGAUCGCGAGGCACAACUGAUGAAGGUCGUCCAAGGUAUGAUUCAGCUCUUCCAAUGCUACCACUAUCAUUGGAUUCCUGUUAAUAAAGUCCCUGAACACUUUUUGAGCCAUUUUGGUUAUCCUUGCUAUAUUAAAGCGCUUGGGUUUUCAAACAUUGAAGAGCUGCUGAAAGCAAUUCCAGGCGAUAUCUUUGAGAUCAACGAAAUCAAUGGCAAUCGAUUGGUUUCGUUAUGUCAUAUGUACAAAGUUAAACACUUUCACGAUGAGCUGCUUGAGUUGGUUUCGAGUCGUGGCGAUAACAGAAAAUUACCCUUGCUGCAGCUUCCAGAGCAAUACUUCAAGUACUACGGCUUGAUCUUCCCGCAUGCUAAUAACCCAUCAAGGCUAAGAAAGCUUCUUUCAUCACUUAAGGGUGAUCUAAAGGUUGUCAGUGAUAAGAACAAGGCAUUCUUUCUUAUCCGCAAUAAAGCGUCCUCAGCAGGGCCGCCACAAUUUCAGCAGUUUAAGAAAGGAUUGAUCUCUUUGCUGGAUACAAAACAGGAUGGCAUGGUACCCAUAAGCAAAAUGGUCUCCGAGUAUGAAAAAUUCCAUGGAAGCUGUCCCUUGCUCAGUUCACUUGGGUUUUCCCAUCCAAACGAUCUUUUCAAAGCACUGGAAACUGAAAUGACGGUCCAAAAUAAUGGCAAAGAACCGUUCAUCUGUCUCGCAAAUCAUAGCCCCGAAGCGUUAGCCGUGACAAUGGAAGACAAAGUUACAAAUUUAUUACUUAAUUCGACGAAUGGCGUCAUAUUUCUAGCAGACCUUCCAACCGCGAUGCAGGAGGAAGUUAGUUCCUCAUUUGCACCCAUAUCAAGUAUAGCAAAGGUUGUUGGUCGAGACCAUAGCAGAUGUUUGAUUUUGUCUUCCAAAUACGACGAAUUGACUGCUGACGAUGAUACGACGUUAAUUUGCAAAACGUUGUACCAAUGCUCAGAAUUCACAUUACCUGAGAAAGACUUACAAGCAAAUCUUGCCAUUUCUGGGACUGCCCUUAAAUGCAAUUUUAAAAAGGCUGUUUGUAAUGCAAUUGCUUCAGGAAAUAUAUCGAAAAAUGGUGAUCAGAUUGUCCUGGCAAGCGGCCUCGCGUUGCGAUUUUUCUGCUUUGAAUUGCUCCUUUUGCUCGAAGAAAACCCGUCAUUUGAUUUAUCGGAACUUUGUGGGCUGUACAACAAAAAAUUUGGCAGACUGCUAAUAUUGAAGAAUUUUGGGUGCAAAAAAAUGAAAGAACUGAUGAAUGCCCUGCCAGAGAGAAUUGUAAAGGUUUAUCAAUCGGACAAUACGACAUUCGUGACUUCGGACGCAAUUGGUAAAUUUCUCAUAAAUUCAAAGCAGCUGCUGAAAGACAACAACGAGGCAGUCCUUCAAUGCGAAUUUUUGAAUUUUUAUCGCAAUAUUUACAGACCCUUUAAACCAGAAGAGAAUGGAUUCUCCAAAUUUUCUCAGCUGCUGACUGCUUUUAGCGAGUUCUUCGUUUUGUUACCCCCAAGUAACGUUUCAAAGACCAUCGUGAUUAACCGGACAUUUGACAUCGUAAAACUGCAAGCUGAACAAGUGGAGAACUUUUCUGCCAAAGCUGAAAAAGUGACUAAAAAGAAGAAAAAACCCAAGAAGGUAAUUAAAAUCCCGUCAGCUACUGAUCCCAAGGAAGAUAAAGGAUGUUCCGUUAAAACUAGCUGUAGCUCAUCGGAUAGAGAAUUUGAUGAUGGCGGGGAUGCUGUAGUUGUUGAGAGUGAAGUAUUGUUGACUGAAAUGCCGGAGUUGGAAUGGUACAACGAUGUAGCAACACAGUCCCAAACUGAUACGGAUUUGAUGGCGUGGAGCGAUGAUGAAUCCAUCAAUGAUCCUGACUGGUGGUUGUCCAAUGAUAUUCCAGACGCACUUCCCACUCCUUUGAUUGACAUGUUUCCUGUUGAAACCACGCCUGCCCUCAAAAGUGACACUGUGUUUGACCUUAUUGAUUUUGAUGCCGAAAUUGACGACAACGAAAGCCAAGAUGGUGCGACAGCAAACUUGAAAAGUGGAUCAUUGUCGGAGCUGCAUUCCCUUAUUUGGAGUUGAUAUAUACCAAAGUGGUAAUGCAGGAAGCACCGGUUUGGUUAAAGAGUCACUGUAUAUGCAACAGAUGGUAUUGUUUGCUCUUUUAAAGUAAGCAUAGAGACAUGUUAAAGAACCAACUUUUCUUAUGUAGAAGCCUGCCUCAAAUGCUGAAUAUGCUGAAGAAGCCUGCCUCAAAGAUGUGAAAUUUAGACCUGUCAAUCAAUAAGGGCUUGGCCAAUUAGAUUCUUUUCCAGAUUUAAUCUAUUGAGCAAGUCACGUGCCGGAACAGGAAACCUUUUCAGUGUCCAAAGUAUUUGUUUUCGAAUUCUCAUCUUUGAAACAGACCCAGCUGAAGUUGCAUUUUGCUAUUCAAACGUUUUUCUCGUAAAGCUAACUACUCAAACAAGACUGAAACAUUCUUCGCGCUUCUUAACUUGGACUGUUCACGAGAGGAGAUGACUGCACAAAAUGCUGUUAGGUAAAUGACAUGCUAGGCCUGCAGUAUGACCGAAUGUUUUGCGACCAAUUCCGUCGGCAUCUUUAUAAUGACAUGAGUUAGAUUCAAGGAAGCGCUUAUGCAAUAUCGAUUCGUUGUCUAUAUGCCUGGGCUCACCUUGCAGCUAUGCUUACUUAUUAUAUCUUUUGUGGUAAAUUUAUUGUACAUAGCGUCGUAAAUAUUUUCUCGCUUUAUACACGUGGUAACAGUAGAGUACCGAAGUGAUGACGUCACAAAACACUAUUUUAAGAAUUUUCCAAUUUUGACUAUAUAUCCCAAAAGAGCAUUAUGAAAUAACUCUAAAUGUGCAAAAUCAAUUGAAUAUGUUACGAUAUGGCCACUUGAGCAAAGAGGCUCUUCCUCCAUAAAACCUCUGUAAUUUUGUCUUGGUUCAUAACUUUAUGAACCAGGCCACAGUAACGGUAAUCCGUUGGCAAACUUGAAAUCUUUCAUUGGCCAUAUCUCCCCCAAUUUUGAACAUAUCUACCUGAUUUUGCACAUUUAGAGGUAUUUUGUUUCAUUCUUUUAGAUUAUGUGAUCAAAAUUUAGAAGAUCUAAAAAUAGAUUUUUGAUGACGUCACACCGGUACUCCAUAGAAGCACAAGCGUCGAUAGAUCACGUUUAAUCAGUGAACACCAAUCAUUUGUGUUCACGUGAUGAUAAUGAGGAUUAGUACUGCUAAAGCUAGUACGAUUUAUACUGUAUUUCAUUCAGCAGAUUUCGACGACAGAGGGAAAUAUUGCUCAUCUUGGCUUAAAGGCAAUCUGUCUCGUUGUGGAUUGGUUAACGAGAACAAUAGCAGGAACAAAAGCCUAAACACGAUUCCAGCGCUCCGCCACAUUUUUUACAAUGCGAUAGAUUAAAGGGGGACUGGAAACAAUAAAAAAUCCCUUUGUUCUUAUAAUCAAUCAACGUCGUGACAGAUUGCCUUUAAUCAUGUUAAUUUCUGCUUCUGUUGACAUAUUUGCGGGGUAUGCAGUGAGGGUCAAGGCGCAUGGAAAUUUAUGUUGAUCGCUUAAAACAGUGUGUUCCUUUCUAUAGCUCGUCUGUUGAUGUCGUGCAUUUAGAACGCUAUGGCAUGCAUUAGCAAUGUCGAGGUGCCUUGAGCAGAUAAAGAAAUUUUCUAGCAAGGCUAGUCGAUAUACACUGCAGAAUAUAUUUCUAUAUUAACCUAUAUUAAAGGUAAGCUCUAAACGCAUGGUACGUUACCGACCUCCUGACCAGGGGCGUAACUUGACCAAAAGGUUUGGGGGGGGGGGUGAAAAGGAUUUCUGCCCUGCGAAAAUGAGUGGUGCCCUGCAGACCUCGUAGCAAAGGUUUGUCCAUGGUUUGUCUAUAGGUUACUAGUGAAAGCUUUACCAGUGUAAAUUAGUCUUUACCAAGAACAAACUCCUAAGCAAUAAAAAAAACUUGAAACUUCAUUGCCUAUGAAAUAUCUUUGUUAACGUGAGCGUAAAUUAAAUGUCAAAUUUGAUUUUCCUUUGUAAUAAACCUUGUAUUUCAUGGCAUAUCAAGUUUAGUGAGGUAGGAGGACCCACCAUGGUUGGGUCCGACGUGAAGAAAAUUUUUGAAAUUAUACUUUGUAAAAGGGCUAAAAAGCAUCUCCCAGACUAAAAUUUAGCAAAAUACUAUACUGCUAAAAAACUGAUAAUUGUUUGUUUGAAAAAUUGGGAGGGGGAUGUCAUGCUAAAACGCUAGCGAUAGAUGUUGGGGAAGGAAAGAAACGGUAACCUUUCGCUUCAGAUAGCACAUAGUUGUGAAUGACAGCAAUGUUGUUUUGAUUGGGAGAAUUUCAUUUCCUAAACAGAAUGUGCAGUUUCUUAUCUCGAGAGGGCCAUGUUUACGCUUCCAAAAUAAAUACAUUGCAAUGAUACAGAAACUGAUUUACUGAAUUAAUGCAAAUAAAAAAAAAUAAAAAUACAUGAAUAAGUUAGCAAUUAGAUCAAACAAAAUCGGCAUCUUAACAGUUUAUUCUCUUUUUAUUUAACAUUCUGUUAAAAAGUUAUAGAAAAAAGGAUAAAAAAUUCUUAUCUUGACCAAAGUGGCCAAAGUAUCUUGGCCUUCAGCCCUCUAUUCCCCCCAGUGGCGCCGUACCUGUCAUGAAAAUAAUUUACAACUUAAAUUAAUUUGUGUGGACUCAACCUUGCCCUCAUAAACUUAUGCAUCAAUCACUGCAUCCAUUGGCUAUGAUUUUCGGUAAGGAAUGCUUUCGCUCUGCUAAUAACGGAGCUCUUCCUGACAUAAUUGUUCCGUUCUCUAAAAUGAAAUGUCAGGAAGGGAGGUUGAUAACAAAUAUAAUACUUCCAUUUCAAAAUUCGUAAACGGCCCUUUACGAACUUCAGAGAUGGCGUUUCUGCGUGGCUAUAAAGCUCUUCUUGGCGCCCUGCGAAAUCUUCGAUUGCCCUGCGAAAUCGGCUGAUUUUAAGAUUGGGGGGUGUCACACCCCCCACACCGCCCCGGUAUUUUCGCCCCUGCUCCUGACUUCCACUUGGCCGCGCGUACAAAAGAUUUGAGGGAAUCAAAACAUCGUGCGUAAGUGCGGCUGGAGACCGCCAGGACGGUGCCGUCUUAUGCGAACAACUUUGAAGGCCCACGAAAAUUUUCUCGCCGCUUCUUCUUUUAGAAUUUGCAGGAUAGAAAAUCAUUUGCACUUUUUUGCAUAUAGAAAUAGCUACGCGCAGUUCAUUUGUAUGAGCACUGUUCUGUUCGAGUUUAAGUUACGCUUACACGGCUGCUUAGAUGUGUUAAUCUAGAAAACGAGACAACAACACAACAAAGCCUAUUUUCGCUGCAACACCUUUGACUUGUUCGAAGAGAAACAUUCAUCGUUAAUUUACAA